AUGUCUAACUUUGAUCCUUCUGUCGUCAAAGCUGGCGAGAACCACACAACCAUUGAAGAGACAGAAAACCAAGUCAGCUUGGCCUAUGGAAUGGCCAUUCACGAACUCGAUAUCAUUCUCGAACUGGUCAAUUUUAUCCAAGAACCUCCAGGAGACGACCAUGAAGCCCUCAAAGCAUACCGCGACCAAACUGCCAAAGACGUCCGAAGACUACUUGUGAGAGUCAACAUCAGCAGCGGGAUAUUGAAAGCUCGCGAUGCUCAGUUUCACUACCACGCCAAACGUCUACGCACAACAGACCGUAUCGAUCGACUUCGACUUUGGAAUCGAGAGAAGAAGCAAGAAUUGGAGGCAGCUCGAUUGCGAGAUGGAGAGCGAGGCUUUGAAGCCACCAGCAAACGGCUCGAAGAGCAAAAGCGUGUAGUGAUCAAGUGCUACAAGCUGGAGAGUUUAUGGGACAAGGCAAUGCAGCGGGAAAAGUCUGCCGGUACUCAAGUUGACGACUUGUCAAGCGAUUGCGAGACAAGCAUGGAAGAGUAAAGUUUUGAGCGGCAAGGAGCCUGCUUCCAGUGUUAGAAUCAUGACGGCAACUCUGUUCGGCACAGCGGAAUUUGUCACACAUUGUACGUAGGUACCCAUUAGGUAACCAAAUGUGGUGAUUUUAAUCAGUGUU